AUGAUUGGCGCCGUCUGUGGGAACCUUUAUCUCGACACUGAGUAUGCAAACCAGCUCCUCCAAGACGUAGCCCUUUCGCCCCCAAACAUUCUAGCCGAAGCGCUCCCUACAGGCCUCAAGGUCUCGAAUCUAUCGGACUAUGAUGGAACGAGAGACCCACAAGAACACUUAGACAAAUUUUAUGCCAAGAUUGAUUGGUACGAUUUGAGUGACGCCGCUUACUGCAAGGUCUUCCACACUACGCUGUCGGAACGUGCAUUAGCCUGGUUCAACCAACUGCUCGUUGGAACUAUUUCUAACCUUGAGCAGUUGGUUCAACGUUUCUUGCAUCACUUCUCCAUGAACAAAAAAGUUCUGAAAACGGCUGCAUCUCUAUUCACCAUUAGCGAAAGGGAGGGCGAAACUUUGAGAUACUACAUCCAAAGAUUUAUGGACGCAGUGCAUGAAGUUCCCCAGGUUAAUCAUGAGUUGUUGGCAAGUAUUAUCCAACAAAACCUGCUACCAAGAAGAUUCAAGGAGUCCAUAGUCGGCAAGCCCCCUAGCACUAUGGAAGAUUUGCUCGUGCGCACCCAGAAAUACAUCUGGAUUGAGGAGUCUAAUGCUUGGGAUCCUUCCUUUAGCGGCAAAAGGAAGGGUCGGGAAGAGGAAAAUGAGCCGACAAAGAAAGAGGAACGCAAGCAUGUACCUCCGGCGGGGUUUGCUCACUAUACCCCCUUGAACGCUCUUAGAGGGGAGAUAUUAAUGGUGGCGGAACAACAAAGGCUAAUCAGUCAAUGGCUGGCAAAGAUGAAAGAUAACCCCAAGAGACUUAAAUCCGAUAAGUACUGUCGUUUUCACCUGGACAGGGGACACACGACGGAGGAAUGCCAUCACCUGAAGAAUGAGAUAGAAAAAUUGAUCUAG